CUUUCCUACAACACAACGUCACAGCCACUAAUUAGUAAAAUAACUACCGACAGUCGCUUUGAGCACAAGAAAUAACUUUUAAAUCAGUUAGCAUUAGAAUAGGAUACGUUUGGUGUUGUUGUUUUUUUUUUGUACAUGUGGCGCUUGACUGAAGGGACGCGCGAGCAAGCAACCUGACAACUACAGGCUCCAAUUUGAGAUUUGGGAGGUUGUACAACAGUAGUAUGCUUUCCCCCGCAGCAGAAUAACGUUAUUAUUCAGCGCAGACUCGGAGUACUGCACAGCGCACACACCGGAGACUCUCUUCGCUUUUGAAGAACAAUGAUGAACAGGAGAAACUGAGGUUUAGCAUCUCAAGUGGGGCUCUGGUAUGAUAAAUGUCAACCUGUCCUGAUAUUUGUAUGGGUCUUUCUCCUCAACCAAAGAUCUCCCCAGGCGGACUGAACAAACGAGUCGACUCUAACAGAGCUGCGCCUAUCCUCAGUCUACUUGUGGUCUGACGGCACUCACCGACAUCAAAGGAGCAGAGCCCCAGUAACGCCACAUCCCUGGCAAUGAUGCAGGAGCCGCAGGAGGUGGUGGAGGAGACGGUCACCAUAGAGGAGGACCCUGGCACCCCCACCUCCCACGUCUCGGUGGUCACCUCUGAUGACGGCACCACACGGCGCACAGAAACCAAGGACAUGUCAACUAACGUGAAGGUGACUAAGAUGGUGAAGACGGUGACCACACGAACAGUGCGCCAAGUGCCCCUGGGACCCGACGGCUUGCCCAUGCCUGAGGGCUCGUCCCCACUAGGCAGCUACACCGACUCCAUCGACCGGCGCUACAUGAAGAAUGGAGGUGACCGCUUCAUCACGCCUCAAGCAACCUCCACCCUUACACGCUCCUACAACAAUUCGUACAACGAUUCAUACGGCGAGACACCCGAGAGCCAGUACAUUCGCCACUAUGGCCUGCACGAUGGCUAUGCUGAUUUGACGGAUAACUAUGGAAGCCUGUCACGCGGCGUCAAUUUCCGGCCGCCGCGCUACCCCUACUUGCCCAACAGCUACCGGCCGGAGAACAGCUACACGCUGCCUAUUCGCAAGGAUGACUAUGGUCAUGUGGCCCAGCCCCAGGUGCCUAUGGGUAGCAGCACUGUGGAUCUGAACCGCUCACAACCAGAGCGCUUCCAGCCCGAGCCAUAUGGCCUGGAGGAUGAUCGCCGCAGCUUGGGCCCUGAAGAGGAGGAGCCAUACGAGCUGGAGCCCGACUACUCUACUGCCAACCGACGCACCCUGCAGGGGGCCAACCGGGGUCGCACCCACCGGGAACCUCUUCGUGAUGGGCCCCGAGUCAGAGGGUACCCAGAUGACCCCAUUGAGGCAGAGCUGAUCGAUGAGCGCCAUCCUUACAUCCAUGGCAUAUAUUCAGCACCGCUGGCCCAGCCGGAGAGGGGGAGCAUGGCAAGUCUGGACCGCAUGGGUGGCCGACGCUCACCGUCCAUUGACAGCAUCCGCAAGGACCCGCGUUGGCGCGACCCAGACCUCCCCGAGGUCAUCGCCAUGCUUGGCCACCCCAUUGACCCGGUCAAGUCCAAUGCCGCUGCCUACCUGCAGCACCUGUGCUAUGAAAAUGACAAGAUUAAGAAGGAUGUGCGUCAGCUGAAAGGGAUUCCUGUUCUGGUGGGGCUUCUGGACCACCCCAAAUCUGAAGUCCACCGCAAGGCUUGUGGUGCCCUGCGCAACAUCUCCUACGGCAAGGACAAUGACAACAAGGUAGCCAUCAAGAACUGUGACGGCAUCCCCGCCCUCGUCCGCCUGCUGAGGAAGACCAAUGACAUGGAAGUUCGAGAGCUGAUCACCGGAACCCUGUGGAAUCUGUCGUCCUAUGAACCGCUGAAGAUGGUGAUCAUCAACCAUGGCAUGCAGACCCUGACCAACGAGGUCAUUAUUCCCCACUCGGGGUGGGAGCACGAGCCAAACGAGGACUCAAAGCCCCGCGACGCCGAGUGGACCACCGUCUUCAAGAACACCUCCGGCUGCCUCAGAAAUGUGAGCUCAGACGGGGCAGAGGCUCGGCGCAGACUGAGGGAAUGUGAAGGCUUGGUGGACGCCCUGCUGCACGCUCUCCAAUCAGCUGUAGGGAAGAAAGACAUGGACAACAAGUCUGUGGAGAACUGUGUUUGUAUUAUGAGGAACCUGUCCUACCACGUCCACAAAGAGGUGCCAGGGGCCGAAAAGUUCCAGGACCCCUCAGCGCUACAGGCCCCUGGCUCAGCAGGUCCACAGAGGAAGAAAAAGGAUGACGCUGGCUGCUUCGGAGGCAAGAAGGCCAAAGGCAGAAAAAAUGGUGAGAAUGACAAAAACUACGACACGCUGGAUCUGCCCAAGCGCGCAGAGCCGUCAAAAGGCUUCGAGCUGCUGUAUCAGCCGGAAGUGGUGAGGCUCUACCUGUCUCUGCUGACGGAGAGCCAGAACUACAACACCCUGGAGGCCGCUGCUGGGGCUCUGCAAAACCUCAGUGCUGGACAGUGGACCUGGUCCAACUACAUCCGAGCCACGGUGCGUAAGGAGAAAGGUCUUCCCAUCCUGGUGGAGCUGCUGCGCUCCGACUCUGACAAGGUGGUCCGAGCUGUGGCCAUCGCCCUGCGCAACCUGUCCAUUGACCGCCGCAACAAGGACCUGAUCGGAAGUUAUGCCAUGAGGGACUUGGUGAGCAACCUGCCCAGCGGUCAGCAGCGGCCAGCCAAAAACCUGGAGGAGGACACUGUGGUCGCCAUCCUCAACACCAUCCAUGAGAUUGUCACUGACAGCUCUGAAAACGCCCGCUCCCUCAUCCAGGCCCAGGCCAUUGAGAAGCUGGUCGCCAUCAACAGGACAAGCCAAUCGGCUCGCGAAACGAAGGCGGCGUCCCACGUGCUGCAGACGGUCUGGAGUUAUAAGGAGCUGAGGAACGCUUUAACCAAGGACGGCUGGAACAAGAGCCACUUCCAGCCCACGGUGACAGCCACCCCUAAAGCAACCAAGAACGGUAAGCCAGGCUACGAUGACACCACUUUACCCCUGAUGGAGAAGAACCAAGGCACCAGGAAAUGUGGCAGUGGUGAUAUGAUACCUAUGGAUGAGCUGGGUCCAGAUGGUUACUCCACCAUUGACCAGAGGGACAAGGACUGCAAAUACAAAGCAGGCGACGGCACAGUGGACCUGACAGAACGGGAGCCAUUAAAGAAUGACACAAAUAGGAAACACUAUAUCAGGAGUAACAGGCCUGCGGUCAGUCUGGUGGACGCUUGUGAUGUUAAGCCCCAGCCUGUUGACUCCUGGGUCUAAAUGCAUGCAUGGCUUAAAAUAACGACAGCGCAACACCCCAGCUAGAGGAGGAUCUCUCAUAUCACCACUGCCAUUUCACAUGGAGCUCAUCUUUGGAGUUGGACUUUGUACAGAAAAGAGGAUUAAAAAAUAAAUGAAAAUCUCAACAGCGACAACCCAGCAGCAGCCAGCGUCCUCAUGCUUUUCAGAAUUAAAGAAAAAAAACGAUAAAAAGUGACUACUCCUACUAGUUUCUCAUAUCUACAUUCCCACUGGACAUUAUGUGAAUUUUACAGUGUUGACUCUUGUUGAGGUCUACCGGUGAAAAGAAACGAACAGAGGCCGGUGCUGGUGAAGGAAUGGACUUAUGAAGGGCGGGGAAAAAAGCGAGAUGAAGGAAGUGAAUGGAAAAGGAGUUUGAAAGUGUUUUUGACAGAAACCUGAAGGAGACAAAAUGGGAAGUUUGCACAUCUGGAAGAAGUUCAUGCCUCAAUUUUGUGGGUUUUUGAGAUUUUUUACAUGGUUGUAGGUUUGGUAUUUUGAUGUGAACAGGUAUGGACUGGUGUGUUUGAAGGUCACUGAAUGUUUUCAGAUUGGUGGGAUGGACACAAGAAAGGAAAAGGAAAAGAGAUAAACUGGGCCUGAGAAGAGCUGUAGCAUAAUGGAUAAACAUGUACUCACAGCAGUCUGGUCUCAUUCACUUACAAGUUAUUUGGUUCACUGUGUUAUUUCAAAAAAAAAAAAAGUAAGCGCACUGAGAUACUUUGAAAUUAGAGUGAUUGAUGUCCAGUGUAUAAAGUGAGGAGUUUGCAAGUUGAGGUCUAGAGAAAGGAACGUGACAUAGUGCGUACAUCAGAUGGAGUGUCGGUUUCUGUUCGUGCUGCAUCGCAGAAUCUAAAAUGGAAAUGAAACGUUCUUUUUAAUCAACAGGGGCCGAGUGACAUGUUGACCAUCACUCACACAGCUGUGGUUACUUGUGUAACCGCUCGGGUUGUGUAGCAAGUCUCCUAGCUGGUUGUCAAUGAUGUGUAUUAAAGAGGAUAUAAGGCAUUUUGUUUAUAAAUGAUUUGUGUUUUUGAAAAGAGAGGCAAAAGAUUGUUACUCUUGUUGAAAGAAUAGAUCUAAAAAGGACUUUUUUUAUUUUUGUUGGGUUUUAUAUAAAUGUAUAUAAGGGUGAAAAGGAAAAAAAAAACAGAAAAAUGAAGGAACAAAAACUCGACAAAAAUUACAGACUUCUUAGUUGUAUGUUAAUAUCACAUUGUUUGGAAAGCACAUGUCAUUUGAUAAAGGCUCACUAUGUUUGUAAACAAGAAAUAACCACGUAACUUAAAUGUGUGUCAAAUAUUGUCGAGUUACGCCGGCGAUCACCUAUUUAUAUUUUGUAUUUGUCAAAAAAAAGUUACAGAAACAAAGUUUAUCUGCAGUGUUCUUUCUGAAGGCGAUGAAAGACAUGUUGUCUGACAGCCCCUGCAUCUUCAAAAGAGACAGUCUGGAGGGGUCAGCGGUCAGACGGAUGUUAAAGAACAGAAUAGAAGUCCCUUCAUUUUUCUUCCCGAUGCAUUCAGAUCAAGUUACCGCCAACCCUGAAUCCCCCCUUCACCAGUGCAUCUUAAAGAGAAAUAUUCAAUCGUGAGCAUGAAGAAAAACUGUACAGAUGUUUAUAUUCUAUUCUUUCCAAGUGCCAGUUUUUUUGUGGUGUCAUUUGGAUAUUAACUAAUUCAUUCAUGUGCAGGAAGAGCGUACAGGUUACCAGUGGAUCUGGAUGUUCAAAGCAAAAUAAAAGAGUUGCAUCGCACUGUACAAAACAAAACAUCAAGUUUGGUCAUAUAGUAUAUAUUUUUACAACGUUGUAGGGUAGGCAGUUGACAAGCAGAGAGAGACAGAAUCAUACUGACAUGUUUCUCUUGUUUGUUGAGAGGAUACACACAAAAUCUAGAGAUGAUGUGUACAGUUUCCUCUCUGGCUUCUGCCUUUCUGAUUCACUGUGGACGGGAGACAGAAAGAGAAUUCAAUCCAAGUUGGUAUCACUCAUGCGUCAUCAAGGCGAACGGCAUGUGCCUGCAUUGAAGUCUGAUUUUUCUUUGUGGCGUAUGUGACUUUAUAAAGCUUGCAUAUUUUACACAGUGUUUACAAAGAUGUACGUUGUGGUAAAAAUUAAUAAACUACAAAAAAACUUACUGUAUACAUUUUAAUUCCAGAGGUUAAAAAAAGUUAUAAUAAUACCCAGCAUCCCUUUUGUGUGUCCUCAGAAGUGUGUGCUUUCAUUGGACAAUACUGAACCCUUGCAACAAAGACCCAUAUGACUGUCUAUUCCUGACUGCGCUUUGCAGCACCACAACCAAAGGAUCUGGAGUUGUAUUUACAUGCACUCAAAAACGGGGGUUUUAUUUGGUUUUGUGGAUGUGCAGCGCGUUGUACAUUUACAAAACAAAGAGCCAAGCGACUGUGCUGUAAAAUAAAUGCAGGACACGGACACACAUCGAAUCAAACAAACCUACCUGUGUAGAUAUAACUGAUCCAAGACCGUCAAAAUAAAGUAACUGUACUACUCAGUAGCAGAUGUGUUUGUACCUAUCAUGUGCCUUAACCUUUUCCAUGGUAGAUAAAGAUGUGUGUUUUAUAUAACUUUAUUGCCCCCUUUCAACUGUCAUCUGUCCAUCCUGUCUGUUCACUUCACCCCCCUUCUCCUCCUGUGUCACUCUUCCUCCCUUUUUCCUCUACUCAACUCUUUCAUUCACCCUGCACCCCCCAACCCGAAGUAGUUUAGACUGUUGGUGGGUUUCUGCCUUGUAUUACGUUGUAUUAUAAACUUUUAAAAAGGUAGAUUCAAUCGAAAACAUGGUUUUGAUUUCCUAGAGGAGUGAAGUUGUUAAUGCUUUCGUAGCGAGCAGAAGCGAUGCCACAGUGACAGAAUGUAUUAUGUUAAUUUUACUAAUACCCAGAGGCAAAUAUUACGCUUGUGAAACAUAACGGAAAAAUACUGGUUUGUAGAGUAUAAAUUUGGUGUGUUUUCAAUAAAUCAUGCCUGGAAAGAA